AAUGAUUUCUUAAUUAUUUUUCCAUCAUAAUACUUUCUCUUUUCUGCAAAUGACUUGAUUGCUAGGCAUACAUAAGUAACAUUCAUAUUGCUCUAGGAGUGUGGUAGUCUGAUAAAUAAUUGUAUAUAUUGCUCUGUAUAAUAUGCAGGGUAUGUGGUUCCAAAUCGUGCCUCAUACUUAUCACUGACAAUUAAGUUCUAGUUCUAGUAGUCCAAUUCAAGCAAUAUGAUGUGUGUUUUAUAUUGCAGGAUCCCCGUCCAUUGCCUUAUCUGGCUGAAAAAGUCUCUAAAAAUUAUGACAUUCAGUUAGAGGUUGAAAUCAAACAUGCUGGCGCAAAGGAUUCAACUAUGGUCACCAAGAGUAAUUUCAAUCACUUAUAUUGGACAUUGACUCAACAGAUAGCACAUCAUACUAUUAAUGGUUGCAACUUAAGACCUGGCGAUCUCUUGGGAACUGGAACCAUUAGUGGACCUGAGCCAGAGUCCUUGGGAUGCUUGUUAGAGUUGUCAUGGAAUGGACAGAAGUCACUGUCAUUGAAAGGGGCAACCCGUAAAUUCCUAGAAGAUGGUGAUAAAGUUAUCAUCACUGGUUUUUGCAAGGUUCUUUGA